AUGGAAUCGUUAGUGGCGCAGUACAGCCAGCCGGCGCACCAGACCGAAGGCUAUGGUCAUGACGAACAGCAGGAGCUCAUGGAGGUCUCCCCGCCGCUGUCGUUGAAGUUCGCUCUUCCUCCCAUCGCCGCCCCCGCAUCAUGGCUCCGCGCCAUGACCGACGACCACUCCAACCCGAGCUGCCCCAUCAAGCUGGCUCACGGUACCACGACGCUGGCAUUCAGGUUCAAGGGCGGCAUUAUCGUUGCAACCGAUUCGAGAGCGACGGCCGGCAACUGGAUCGCCAGUCAAACGGUGAAGAAGGUCAUUGAGAUCAACAACUGCCUGCUGGGAACCAUGGCCGGUGGCGCCGCUGAUUGUCAAUACUGGCUCGCCUACCUCGGCAUGCAGUGCCGUCUCCACGAACUCAGGCACAAGCGCCGCAUCUCCGUCGCCGCCGCCUCCAAGAUUCUCGCGAACCUGGUCUACUCCUACAAGGGAAUGGGCCUGAGCAUGGGUACCAUGUGUGCUGGCGUGACGCCGCAAGAAGGCCCGGCUCUCUACUACAUCGACAGCGAUGGCACCCGUCUCGCCGGAAACCUCUUCUGUGUCGGCUCCGGCCAGACGUUCGCGUACGGUGUCCUGGAUGCGGAGUACAAGUACGAUCUCUCGGAUGAGGACGCGCUCGAGCUGGGUCGCCGCAGCAUCCUGGCGGCCACGCACAGGGACGCAUACUCGGGUGGUUUCAUCAACCUCUACCACGUCAAGGAGGACGGCUGGGUCAAGCACGGCUUCAACGACACGAACCCCAUCUUCUGGAAGACGAAGCUGGAGAAGGGCGAGUUCUCCAACGUCACGGCGGAUUUGGAGUAG